CCUAUGACAACCGGACACACAUUGUUGUAAACGGACUCGAUCAGGACAGCCAGAUGUCGUCGUGAAAACUCCAAGGACUACGAGACCAGAACUCUGGAUACCUUUAUGCUGUAUGCUGUAUAACAGUGUAAGAUUUGCUCGACACAGACUGAUGUCGAUGAUACCAAGCGUGACAUUUGAUAGUUGAGAGAAGGAUUCAUGAAGAUUCCUUAACUGACUAGAAUUUUCUUAUGUGCCUGGCUGAUAUACAGCCAGAGGACGCUAGAGGUUGUUGACGAGCAGUCAACAUCAGUUAGCUACUCCGACACUCGACUGACAUCGCUCUCAUCCUCGCCAGUCACCAGCCAUGCUUCGGCCAGUUCGGGGUAGGGAUCAGAAAGGAUUUGAUCCCUUUCAGAUAUUUGAGGUCUCCCACAGACCCUGCACUUAUCUGUCUAUAAAAGUUCUUCGAGGCAGGAACAUCACAAAAGGAUGGGCACAAGAUUUAGUGGACACACCAGACCCAUACCUGACGUUGUUCAUCAACACAGCUCCAAAUGGAUGGCACCAGACGACAGUAAAAGACAAUGAUGUAAACCCCAUAUGGAAUGAAACCUUCACAUUCCUCCUGGACACAGAGGUCCAGAAUGAACUAGAAAUUUCUCUGAUGGAUUCCAACUACACAGUGGAUGAGCAUCUGUGCACACGGAACAUCCCUCUAGACCCUCUCCCUUUUGACAACAAGAAGAAAAUGACCAUAAAGUUCAAUGAGACAUCCGAGGUAGAUAUUGAAAUGUGGGCAGAACUGGAGAGUGACACUCAGCUACGUUAUAGCCUUGCCCUGUGUGAUGAAGAGAAAAAGUUCAUUGACACCAGAAAGCGAAAGAUUUUUGAUGCUAUGAAGGAAAUUUUAAAAGUAAAUGCACCAAGGAAUCUACGAGAGGUGCCUAUCAUUGGUGUUAUGGGGUCAGGAGGGGGCUUUCGUGCCUUGACAGGACUUAGUGGGGUCAUGAGUGCCCUGGUUGAGACAAGAAUCUUGGACAUGGUCACUUAUGUAGCUGGCCUUUCCGGAUCUGCUUGGUAUCUAUCACACCUUUACUCACACCCUGACUGGCCCCAGAAAACUCCAAAAGACUUACAGGAAGAGCUCAGAAAGAACAUAGAUUCAAGUCCUUUCUGGCUUUUGGGGCCACAAAGUAUGUACCGAUAUAUCCGUCGAAUUCUGGAAAAACGUCGUCAUGGGCAACCAGUUUCUUUCACAGACUUCUUUGGACAUCUUGUUGGAGAAACUCUUCUUCAAGGGAGGCUGGAUAGCAAGCUAUCUGAUCAACAGGCAAAAAUUCAAGAUGGCAACAUUCCGAUGCCCCUUUACACUUGUCUUCAUGUGAAAAAACAUCUUUCUGCAAUGAUUUUCCAUGAAUGGGUGGAGUUCUCCCCCUUUGAAAUUGGAAUGCCAAAGUAUGGUACUUUCAUGAAACCAGAGCUGUUUGGCAGCAAGUUCUUCAUGGGACAAGUAGCCAAAAGCCACCAAGAGCAUCCCUUGCACUUUCUCCAAGGAAUAUGGGGGAGUGCUUUCUGCAUCCAGUUUAAAUCCCUGCUUCAAAAUGACAAGCACUUGGAUACAUUGGAGCUUAUAAGAAGGGAGCGAGAGGAACUUGAAAAAGAGUUGCUGAAAGAAAUUGAUAACCAAGAUGAUGAGGACAGUGAAUCCAGUGAAGAAGAAUGUAAGGCAGAAAGUGAAGCUGUGAAACCAGUCCCAACUCGUACUCGGUCUAUCCGCCGAAAACCAUCCAAGACAGAGCACCACAAGAAACAGACAUUCUGGAAUGGCAUGCUGACACGUUUAUUUGAUAGUUCCUUCAUGCAGACAAUUGAAGGACGAGCAGCUAUGGUGCACAACUUCAUGCGUGGUUUGUCACUCAAUGAUAUGUAUCCUUUCUCUCCUUUUUCUCAAAUUGAAGACGAGCCACCGACAUCCCCAAAGGAAACCUUCAGAAAAAUUUUUGAAAAGCACCCAACAAGUUUGAAACGAAUGUACGUGGUGGAUGGAGGCCUGUCCUUCAAUUCCCCAUACCCUCUUCUGCUGCGGCCUCAACGGCAUGUUGAUUUGAUCCUGUCUUUUGACUUCAGUGCCCGUCCAUCAGAUUCUACUCCUCCUUUCAAAGAACUUUUAUUAGCAGAAAAAUGGGCUCGACUGAACCGUGUGCCAUUUCCACCCAUUGACCCAACAAUUGUGGACCGGGAAGGCUUGAAAGAGUGCUAUGUUUUCAAAGAUUCCAGAGAUCCGCACUGCCCUGUUGUCAUGCAUUUUGUUCUUAUCAACAUUACCUUCAGAGACCAGAAGAAACCAGAUGUACCCCGCACUACUGCAGAAGAAAAAGAAUUUGCGGACUUCGACUUAUUUGACGAUCCAGAACGGCCAUAUUCCACAUUUAACUUUCGUUACACACACAAAUCAUUUGACAGACUGGCACAGUUAACAGAGUUCAACACACAACUAUUCAAAGAGCAAGUCCUCUUGCAGAUCAGAAACUGUAUUCGGGCCCGUCGACGCCAUAGUAUUCGUCGACCUUGCAGUGUAAAGGACAUUAAGAGACUUAGUUUGAAAGAUAAAAAGACAGAAGAGGCCCUGGAAGCUUACAUUAGGUCUAUAGAUGAGGAGGUGCAGCCUUUGUCACAAUAAAGCAACAACAAAUGACAAGGUUACCAGAUUGUCGUGAUAGGUUCUUCAGAACAAUUGAUUUGGUGCUUCUUUAGACUGCUGAGUAAAGUGGACAUUUUUGCAAUUGUUAUUAUUACAGGGUGGGGACGAGGGUAAUUGGUGUUUUAUGAGUGCACAUCAACUGGAUUUAUAUUUUUUAAGUGACAUUUAUAUAUGCUUUAGUAAUUUCUGUAUAGUUAUACUCAUCUUGAUCUGAUCUGCAUAAACAACACUUAUAACAAUUGUAACUUCUCUGGUUGUUUUGAUGUGGAAAUAAACUGUGUAGGUUACUAGGAGAAUCUUCACUUAGUGAUAUGAUUAAUAAGAUAUAUAUAUAUAGGCAUAGGAGAAAAUUAUGAAAUAACUGUAACAGAACAUUAACAGAAAAAUUGAAGUAGUUUUAGUAUUUUGAAAGAAAUCAUUGGAAAAGGUAAUAAAACUGAGCACAAAGAAUACAACAGCUGCCACCUCAUUUUAUGCUCACUUCAGAUGACUUCAGCAACAUCACUAGGAAAACUCUCAAAAGACAUGCUUUACAUAUGUGGUGAUAGAACAAAAGACUAUGCUGAUUAAAAAAUGUGUUUACAGGAGCGUUUUGGAAUUUACUGUAAAGGUCUGUUUUAUGUGUUAACUGACAGCAAUGCUGGUGAAAUUUGAGAGGUACAUAUUAACCCUUAGAGAAUGAUGAGCCACGAUUUUGGCUUUACCAGUGUAGCAAAGGAAUGCUGAUUUUCAUUACUUUUAUUGCAAAGUUCCAAGUUUUCUCCUUUCAAAAAUGUACAAGUUUCUUGGUCCAAUGUUUUUAUCUGAGCAGCAAUACUAAUUAAAAAAAAACAACUUCACCUUCCUCUUGUUAUUAGCCAGUGUUGGUAAUACUUAAACUUUUAUUUUGUGCUCAGAGGGUUAAUAGCAAAUGAAUAAUACUGUUGUGGUAGGCAAACCACUGCCUACACUUCUACAUCUUUUUCCAUUUUGAUAAUAAAGACCUUGUUUACUUGGGAAACUGCCUUACCUGUACCUUAUAUAUACAGGGUGGGCCAGUUAAUAGUGGUACGUCUUCACAUGGAAGUCGGUCAUCCCUUGACAGGUACCUGUCAGUGGAGCAGAACACAUGGAUAGAUGCAGCAUCUGAUGGGCCCAUACACUCUUAUUUAUUUUGGGCGAUAGUGAGCAGGGCCUGUACAGGACGACCAGUUCAGUCUUUGAUGUUUGUAAGCCAGUUUUUCCUCAGGAGAUGCGGCAUCGACUAUCCUCCAAAGUACUUUGAAGGAUGAUCUUUGCCACAUGGAAAGUGGUAAUAGAAUAAACCAUGGGUUACAUGGAGAUGUACCUGUUUUAUGUGGCUAACCUUGUAACGUAGUAUACAAUAACCUUUUAGUCAGUAAGAUUAACGAUUAUGUGAAUACAAAAUUUCCAUCGUGUGAGACUACUGGUAAAUAAAGACGAGCUUCCAUUUUUA